GAGCUUCCCAUUUCCGCGUCGCAGCACAUCAGGUUUAUACACACAGGAAGAAAAUCCCUCCUAGUGUAGCGCACUCAAAAUUUGAUCAGAAGACCCGGUCAGAUGCAAUUCAAGACGGAUGAAAUAGAACAGAAAACAAUUACGAAUUAGAGACCCGUGUUGUCUCCAAAAAGUGCUGAGAAGUGUCAUUGAGAAACUAGAGGGCAAACGCGAAAGACUAAUGUUGUAAAGGCAAGGUGACGAAAGACACGACUUCACCUCUUUGGGUCGACUCAGUGAGUGUAUAUGGCUUUGGUUCUUUAGCAGUUCCCCACCUGCUUCCACCACACUGCACGGUACUUGCAGCCUGUACCUCAAAUCAUCGCUACACCGCUGCUGCGUAUCAACAUAACAUGUUGAAGUGCAAAGCGAGACCACGGCGGGAAGCCUAAAAAGCAGAAAUGCUCUAUUUGUGAAACCGAAAACAAGUAAUGUAUGCUUUGAGCCCGGUUUAUGGUUGAUUCGGACACCCAGGCGUGAACGAGGAGGGUCGACAAACGCUUUUGUCGCUCUCUAGAGCUGGACCCUUGCUUUGGCAUGACGUGGUGUACUGGCAGAGAUGCGGUGCGGAGUUGUUCGGGGCGCCGCAGUUGAGUCUCAGCAAAGGUUUUGCUCUGCAGAGCUUGUGGUUUGUCUCUUGCAUAUGCGAUACUUUUAAUAAAUGAACCUUCGAGACGGGAUCUGUUCGACCGCCCCCGGAUGUCUCCGUGGCUAUAGGUAAUCUCCGAGGAUACACGGAACCACGGAUUUUUACUACACGAAAACGCCAAAGCCCAGUCGCCCGUAAGUGUUUCUUCAUAAGCAUGCCCUCCCGGAAUACAGAUGUUCUCAGCUUCGUUUAGAGCUUGUUUUUUGGCAGGCUUGCGAGGAACGACGCAGUUCAUAUAGUGACGUUUAAUAGUGGGGACACAGCGGUACUCACUUAGACGUCGAUGGAGGUACGUCUUUGCACGUUCGAAGACGGUCGCUGCUAACCGCUAAAUUUACUCUGGUUGCAUGCAGUCAGUCUAACCGAUGGCUGCUCCGCCCAUUAUUGCGGACAGGACCUGUGGGGUGGGCGCGUGAUCACAGCUUUCCACUUUUCCUUCUUACUUCUGUCGAUUACCGGUCUGUUAGGUUUUUUUUGCGCGGAAUCGCCUUUUUCUUCUCGGCUGGGAAGAAGUUCUGGGAUCCCGUUCGCAGGUUGACAAGAGAAAGUCGAACGCAAGAUGAAGUUCAGCUCUCAAGUCAGCUCCUCUAGGAGGAAGUCCAGAAAGGCGCACUUUUCAGCGCCUUCCAGUGUUCGUCGCAAGAUCAUGACGGCCCCGCUGUGCAAGGAACUGAGGAAGAAGUACAAUGUCCGAUCCUUGCCCAUUCGCAAGGAUGAUGAAGUCAUGGUUGUCAGAGGCCAUCAUCACGAUCGUGAGGGCAAGGUGACAAAGGUUUACAGAAAGAAAUGGGUCAUCCAUAUCGAGCGCGUCACGCGUGACAAGGCUAACGGCGAAACCGUAACGAUCGGCAUCCACCCUAGCAAGGUGGUGAUCACGAAAGCCAAGCUGGACAAAGACCGGAAGGCUCUGCUGGAGAGAAAAAGCAGGGCGACCACCAAGGGCAAGUAUACCGAAAAGGAUGUGGCAAUGUCUCAAGUCGACUGACUGCGUUGCAGAAACGAUGUCUCGUUUUGUGUGUGACGCGAUCGGGGGAUGGUGUGGCAUCGCAUUUACGCAGACCGUGCGAAUCUGUCUUUAUUUCGGAUGAGUAUUAAGUGACUCUGGUCUAACUUUGCACAUAAAGGCUUUCAACUCUGUUUCUGGUAGACGCGCAGGCGUGGGACAAAGACAAGCCAAAUUCGACUGUGCUGAUAUGGUCAGUUCCCAGCAUAUCGGCGGUGCUUGGCCCAGCUUUUCUUUCUUCGGUCCCUCAUCACUUUGUCGCUGACCCUAUGACUGGUCUGUCUGUCACUACGGUCAGUGAAGUACACAGAAGCGUGCGAGAGAGGAAAACGCUGCUGCCUUUGGCAACGAUAUGUCCACAAAUACCAUUGCCUGUUGAGCAGCAGUCGUAAUCAGUGGGAUGUCAUGUAAGCUUGCAGGGUUUCUCCGAUUCACGGUCCAGUUAUUCAUUACGUUCAAUCGCUUUUGCCACGCG